AUGUUUCUUGCAGCAAAUCAACUUUCAGGCAAUCUUCCAUCAACAUUCGGUUAUAGGCUUCCCAAUCUAGAAGAGCUUUACCUCGACAUUAAUUCCUUCUCUGGAGUAUUACCUAUCUCAAUCUCAAAUUCUUCUAAUCUCCGUCUCAUAGAAUUUGGUGGUAACAAGUUCACGGGUCCAAUUCCUGCUUCCCUGGGAGACCUGAGGUUCCUUGAAAAGCUGAAGCUAACCAACAACCUAUUAGUGAGCGACUCCUCAUCUCCAGAGUUGAGUUUCAUCACUUCAUUGACAAAUUGCAAAAAUUUGACAUAUUUACUGUUGAGUGACAAUCCAUUGAAUGCGAUCAUUCCAGACUCGGUCAGUAAUCUUUCAACUUCCCUAGAAAGAUUACUUGCAUCAAAUUGUAAGAUCAAGGGCAGCAUUCCUGAUGGAAUUGGAAACAUGAGAAGUUUGAUCCAAUUAGAUCUAUCAAACAAUGAGCUAAGUGGGUCGUUGCCAGCUACAAUAAAAGAUUUGCAAAAGCUUCAAUACAUGGAUCUCAGUAUGAACAAACUGAUUAGCAGAGUCCCCCUGCAUUUGCUCUGUGCUCUCCACAACUUGGAUACAAUGAACCUUGGACAAAAUCAAUUUAUGGCCUCAAUUCCAAAGUGCUUCGGAAAUCUUACUUCCCUGAGGCAUCUCAACCUAAGUCACAACAAACUAUAUUCUGCUCCACCUGAGGAAAUAUGGAACCUAAAAGAUCUCUUAAUGCUUGACCUCUCCUCAAAUCUGCUGAGUGGAUCUUUGCCGUAUGCUAUUACGAAUGUGAAGAUGGCAAAUGGGGUUGAUUUGUCAACCAAUCAGUUCUCAGGUGGCAUUCCUGACUCAAUUGGAGAUAUGCAGAACCUGCAAAAUCUUUCUCUAGCACACAACAAAUUGCAAGAAUCAAUCCCAGAAUCGAUUGGCAAGAUGUUAAGCUUGGAGUCAUUGGAUCUAUCACAUAACUUUCUCUCUGGAUCAAUUCCAAUGUCAAUGGAAAACCUUCGGUAUCUUAGACAUUUCAAUGUAUCUUUUAACAAUUUAAGUGGUGAAGUUCCUUCCAGAGGGCCUUUUAUCAACUUCAUUGCCGAAUCCUUCACUUCAAAUCAAGCCCUUUGUGGAGCUCAAAGGUUUCAUGUGCCCCCAUGUCCAAAUAAUUCAGCUCACAAAUUGAGAACAAAAAAGCUACAUCGAACAAUUUUUAUUCUACUAGGGGUGAUAAUAGCAGCGGGAGUCUUGUCCUUUGGAUUUGUUUACCUAAGAUAUCGAAAGAAAGAUACACUUUCCAGUGGAGCAAAUUUAUCCUUAGUUGCAAUGCCAGAAAGAAUUUCAUAUUUUGAACUUCUACAAGCAACUAACGGGUACAAUGAAAGCAAUUUGCUGGGGACUGGAAGCUUUGGAUCUGUUUAUAGAGGUACUCUUGAUGAUGGAAGGGUUGUGGUAGUUAAAGUGUUCAAUUUACAAGUCGAUGGAGCGUUCAAGAGUUUUGAUGUAGAAUGUGAGGUGUUGCGCAAUCUUCGCCAUCGAAACCUCACAAGAGUCAUUAGUAGCUGCUCUACCCCUGAAUUUAAGGCAUUAGUGCUUGAGUUCAUGCCUAAUGGGAGUCUUGAGAAGUGGUUGUAUUCGCACAACUAUUUUACCGAUUUGAUGCAGAGAUUGGACAUAUUGAUUGAUGUGGCAUGUGCAUUGCAAUAUCUUCACUUUGAGUAUUCAACUCCAGUAAUUCACUGUGAUCUGAAGCCAAGUAAUGUGCUGCUGGAUCAAGACAUGGUUGCCCAUCUAAGUGAUUUUGGCCUUACAAAGUUGUUGGGCGAGGAGAACAGCAUCAUAUACACUGAAACACUAGCCACACUUGGCUAUCUUGCACCAGUUGAAGAAUUUUCUCGUACAACUGAAGAAUUUCCUCAGUUGUUUGCUGUUGCAAAUUCCAAAUAUCAAAAAUUACAACCAAUUUGA